UACUGAAAACAAAGCACGUGUAAGGUUUUCUCACUCGGACAUCUGUACUACUGAAUCAUCUGGAUACAACAAAAGUCAAAUAUAAAAAAAGAAGAACUUACAGAGGUAAUUUACAGAUUUCUGUACUCUGACGUGUUCCGUAUAGCAUAUACACACAAGGUGGCGAAAUAAUGUCAGAAGUAUUGGUUGCAUUUAUUUGUGCAUGUGAUUUUGUUGUAUAAUUUCUGGAGGAAAAAGUCAAAGCUUCUUCACAAGAGUAACAGCAUAAAAACACUACUAACUAAGAAACUAAUGAAGGAAGCAGAUCUGAAGCGUAAAAAGUGCACUGUUGAGUACUCACAUAGCAUGUCCACACUGUAAAAAUUUGCAGUAGUUUUGCCGGUAACUUACUGUAGAUUUAAUUUAACAACAAUUUUGUUUUAAACAUAAACUUGGGGUAUAAAGGGUAUAAAACAUGACUACACUUAAACAAGACUAAAGUUAAACAUUUAACGUAACUAAACGUAACACGCAACAAUACAAUGAACCAGCACAGGACAAUGAAACAUGAGGACUAUAUAAAGGGGACUAAAUCAAGAAGGGGACAGGUGCAGGACAUGAACUAAUUAACAAGCAAUAACGAGAGGAAAGGGCGGGCACAGAGACGCCACACCGGAGAGAGGGAGUAUAUGGAAGGCCAAAACUGUCUCUCUCCACAUAAAACAAGAGGUUCUGUCAUGGCUCUGCCACAAGAUCAAGAAAAGCAAGACAAGAUGGGGCAGAACCAUGACACAUUCCAGUGUGAAAGAGUUGCUUUGAGCCUCGAUGAUGUUGUAUGUUGUUGUAGUAGAUUUCUUCUCUUGUCCUCCUUUUAAUUGCAACAUUCCACCUUCGUUAUGAUAAAACACACAACAGACAACAAAAACACAGCUCUGAUCACGGCGUCCUCCGGUUGUUUACAUUUUUUUGAAUGACAUGCUUUUGGACAACUUACAUCACUUUAGAGGUCCUAAUGCCAGUGCGAAUGCAACCAGGGAAAAUAUAGUUUGCAGGGGACAGUACUUGUUAUUCUCUGCCAUGUCAUUCUCACGUAGUUUCCUGUCCGAAGAUCAACUGCUGUGUUCCAUCUGCUUAGAUGUGUUCGACAAUCCAGUAUCUACACCGUGCGGCCACAGCUUCUGCAUGGCCUGCAUCGGUAAAUACUGGGAUUCAGCCAAGCACUGCCAGUGCCCCCUCUGCAAGCAGAACUUCAAGAGAAAGCCCGCUCUCCACAUCAAUCGAACUCUCCGUGAGAUCACCGAACAGUUCAAGCAGAUGACAAGCAAAACAGGGUCCUGUAAGGGGGUUGGCAGAUGUAGGGCAGUUGAGGAAGAAGGAAGACCACAGGAGUCAGUGGAUGAGACAGAAAGACCAGGCCAUCUUCCAGGUGAUCGCUUUACUGACAUGAAGCGGAAAUUUACCUCUCAAAAUAAAACAGGACCUGCACAAACUGUCACAACAAAUGCAGAUAGUGCAGAUGGCACCCCGUCACCAGUUUUAACCAGAGAAGUUUCCAUGCGAAGGUUUACACUGAGUGGGGCUGAAAAUGCUAUGAAUUUGCCUCUUUGUCCAAAACACCACCGAAACCUGGAACUGUUCUGUCGAUCCGAUCUGGAAUGUAUUUGUGUGGAAUGUGGACAAACAGAACACAAAUCACACAAAAUAACAUGCGCUGAGAAAGAGUGGCAAAGUAAUAAGAUGAAAAUUAGUAUCAUAGACAAUGAGAUACAAGAGAUGACCAAAGAAAGACUGCAGAAAGUGGGGGAGAUCAAACAAUCACUGACUGAAAUUAAAAUGCUCGGCGAGCGCGAGAAGCAACGCAGCAUGCAGUUUAUUGGAGCUUUGAUCAGCUCCAUCGAGUGCAGCCAGGCGGGGCUGUUGGAGGUGAUUGAGAUUAAUUGUUGCUCUGCAGAACAUCAGGCUGAGGUGAUGAUCAAAGAACUGGAGCAGGAGAUCACACAGUUAAGGAAGAGAAGUGCUGCACUGGGUAAAGUUGCCCAAAUUAAAGACUACAACACUGGACUAAAGAGUUAUUCUGAUAUCAGUAUGCCACUCUCAAUGAAAGACUGGGCAGGUGUUUCAUUAACAUCCAACCUUGGAACGAAAGCAGUUUACACCUCUAUCUGUCAGCUACUAGAACGAUUCAAGGAGGAACUUCAGAAACUACCUGCUAUCUGCCUUUUAGUGCCCCUUGAACAAUCACCAACGAAGUCUCUCCCAAAAAUAAAGAGAAUACAGGAGUAUGCAGUGGAUGUGACCCUGGACCCCAACACUGCCCAUCCUCGCCUCAUCUUAUCAGAGGACUGGAAGAAGGUGUGGUGCGGUGAAAGGCACCACCUAGUUCCCAACAACCGUGAACGGUUCGACCGUGUGGUCUGUGUACUGGGACACGAGGGAUUCUCUAGUGGUCGACACUACUGGGAGGUAGAGGUGGGUGGGAAAACCGACUGGGACCUGGGGGUGGCUACUCAUUCCAUCAACAGAAAGGGUAAGAUCACGGUUAGCCCCAGCAACGGCUACUGGUUUCUUAGCUUGCGGGACAAGAACAACUAUGCUUUUAGGACUGAACAUUCCACUGCCCUACCCCUCAGCCUGAAACCGCAGAAGAUAGGGGUGUUUGUGGACUAUGAAAAAGGUCAAGUGUCAUUUUAUAAUGUGGACGCAAAAGUACACAUCUACACUUUCAUGGAUAAAUUCUCUGAGACUAUUUAUCCGUUCUUCAGUCCCUGUACCAACAAAACAGGCAAAAAUGAUGCUCCGCUGGUGAUUACGCCUGUCCUUUUUUGACUGAACAGAGAUAAAGAAGAGUUUUAUGAUCAAACAUCUGAUCUGAAAUGUUUAAGGCUUUUUUGUCUGUUGGCUUAGUAGCCUAUUGCACAAUUUUAAGUGAAAACACUGGAAAAACUAUCAAAUCUGCUUUAAUAUUAAAAAUCUAUUAACAUACCACACACUCAAACGCAGCUUCAAAAUAAUCCUUGUAACCAGAUUACAAACUUUUUUGUAAACGUAGCAACAAAUGCUAUUGUAUCAAUACCCUCUUCCUGUCAGACACAGAAAAUAAAUAAACUAAUUUUCUCAUAUUUCAUUAAGCCUACCAGUUCCCACUCUUUAAAACUGCACCUUACCUGUAGAGAGUGCUCUUGUGAGCAUGAUGAACAAUUAUUUCAGAUAGCAAAUGGCAAGUUACUGCAAGUAGUGCCUACAUUUUCUCCCUUUCUUUUACCCACCUCCUUUUCCUCUGACCGCUAAACCUAUUAUACUACAUUCCACUCUUUCUCUUCUUUUUACACGUGACGUGUAUCAUUCAAGACCUUGAGAAUUAAUAAAAAAAAGUGUAUCAUUCAAGACACGUAGCCCAGAGUCGCAUGCUAAUUAAACGGUUUAUUGCUGCUUAAUUCUUGACAGCUGCUAAAUAAAUGGUCUUUACUUGUUUUUUAAUCAAUCACAAUAAAAAUCCAGGCUGUUAUAGCCUACGUCACAUUACAACAAACUCGUCUGUAAGUUACGCAUUUGUAAUCGACAUGAACUGUCUUUACGUUUUUUUUUUUUUACGGCUCUCGGUAACUCCCAAACCAAAUCCUAACGGUAUUUUCUCUCUGUACACUGUACUUGUUGGUUCCUGUCAAAAGUAACUGUCGAAGAUAAAAUACCUUGGGGCUGAAAUUUUGAAUGGAGGCUGCGUUUCUUCAAGGCGCCACAAGGUGGAAUGUUCAACAAGAAGCGCUGCGCUUUCCUAACGCAAACAGGAGGUUUUAAACGGCCUACUACGGUUUUCUUCUAAAUCACAAACAUCCAUGCUUGUGACUUUAAAGGCGAAACUUGGCCUACUUUUUCUUCCUUGUCAAAGAUGGCAAGGAAAAUAUUUCUUUAUCUAACCAAUUUAUAUAUAGAACAGAGACUGGGGCUGUCACACAAGACUUGUGAAAAGGAUUCGGCAGGCCUACAUCUCAGAAUCUGGUUUUGUACCAUUUGCACAAACACUUGUUUUCUAAAGCAUUAAUUUUUUGUGAACUCUGUCCUGUUAAUUAAAACGCGAAUGUCAUAUUUUUGUAAUAGCUGUUGGAUAAACAAAUAAGCAUUCUGGAAUACAAAUAAAGUACAUAAUAAAGCUUUCAGACAAAGUCUUUAUUAUGUACUUUAUUUGUAUUCCAGAAUGCUUGUUUGUUUAUCCAAUAGCUGUAUUUUUACCAUUAUUUUUUAUAAAUGUUUGGGCAGGAUGUCACAUUUUUAUUUUGCCAAUUUGUCAAAUAUUUUUCGUAUUUUAUAGCCUACAUUGUAUUCAAUGUAUUAAUAAUUUUUGUCCCACAACAAUGGUUCGAUUUGUAUGUACCUUUUCAUUAUUAAUUUCAUGUUUUACAGUUUCAUUCAUUGUCAUAUGUUUUAACUUCACUUAGGCUACUUAAUAUA